AUUUUCAUUUGACAUUCCUAGAAAUGUGCGGCCUGUGUGGUUUUAGUGUAGGUUAUGAUACAUUUUGUUAGUUUUCUUCUAAUUUAUUUGAAAUAGCAUAAACUCAUCUGUGAUAAUAAAAAGAACUUAAUUUGAAUUAAAGUGUAUUUUGUAGAGAUAUUAAAAUCUGUGAAAUAUGGCUGCAGCAUACGGAAUACAUUUAGGAAACAGUUCGGCUGCUUUGGCUUCAUUUUCUAACGGAGCGCCCUUAAUUAUUGCUAAUGAUGCUGGAGAUAGAGUGACACCUGCAAUUGUUGCCCUGAAUGGCACUGAAUGGGAGAUAGGAUUGCCUGCAAAAUCUGGACAGCCCUCGUCUAAAUCGAUCAUAAAAAACAACAAACGCCUCAUGAACAACGACUUUAACGCUGACGAUCUCGCAUACGUUGAAUCAUCCUCAUCAUGCCGCAUCCAAAACGAAGACAAAGUUGUGUACGAGUUUGAAACUAGUGAAACUACUCUAUAUUCUAACCCAGAUAACAUUGCUACUAAAAUUUACGCUAAAUUGUUUACUAUUGCCAGCCAUGCUAUGAGUAACGAAGGAGACUUGAAAUUAGUAUUAGCUGCACCAUUGCACUGGUCUUCUGAAAGCACAGAAAGGCUUGUAAAGUGUGCUGAACUGGCUGGUUUUAAUGUUCUACAAGUAAUAAGCGAACCAGCAGCGGCUCUACUUGCUUAUAACAUAGAAGAAUCUGUGGAAGAUGUUAAUGUUUUAGUCUACAGACUGGGUGGAUCUUCAUGUGAUGUUUCUAUAGUGAAGGUGUCCGGAGGUUUCAUGACAGUAGAGAAAAAUAUCUACCGGUCAGAUUUAGGUGGCCAGUGUCUCACAAAAGAUUUGGCUGUGUACAUUGCACAGGAGUUCAGACAAAAAUGGAAGUUAGACCCCCAAGAAAGUAGAAGAGCCAUGGCAAAGUUGCUAAUUCAUGCUGAUAAUUGUAAACAUGUCCUAUCAACCCUUAACUCAGCACAUGUGUUUAUUGAGUCACUCUUAGAUGGUGUGGAUUGGAGCCAAAAUGUAUCACGAGCCAGAUUUGAAAAUGUAAUUUCAUCAAAGAUAAAUGCAUACAUGGAACCAGCUCAGCAAGUAAUUGAAAGCUUUAAUGGAACAAUCCAUAAAAUUGUUAUUUGUGGUGGAAGUAUGAAAAUUCCAAAGCUUCAGUCUGCGAUUGCCAAUUUGGUACCUGAAGCAGAAGUACUUUCAGGGAUUAGUCCAGAUGAGGUUAUUGCUGCAGGCUGUGCUCGUGAGGCUGGCUUGCUGUCAGAAAUCCCUGAAUUUUCUCUAAAUGACUUGAAUACAGAAGUUGAAUUCUUAGGAAAAGACAUCUAUCUAAAAUAUUUAGAUCAAACAGUCCAGCUAUUCAAAGAAGGAACACCACCUUAUGCACAGUUUGUUCAAAAUAUUGAUGCUGGAGGUGAAACUAAAAUCAGUUUUUCUUUGCAUGAAGAUCCUGAAAGCAAAGAGUUUGCUACAGAAACUUUUGAUGUAGAAAGUUUAAAUAAACCAUUUACAUUAAAAGCUACAUUACAGCAGUCUAAUGUAUUAUUACAGGUUGAAUGAGAUAUUGUAAAUGGAAUAAUAAAAGAACUUUUUAAAUAAG